CAGGUUAUCGACUUGUACGGAUAUACCUCCAUUCCUCAACGAAAUCCGUCGUGAAAGUGUGUUACCGCCAGGGAUCAUAUAUCAUCCACAUCUAGGGUUCCGCCCAUUGAAAAUCCCGAAUCGAUCACACUCCUUCAAUCUCCAAAUCCUUCACAAUGCAUCCUAAAUCCUUCCAAAUCCUGCUGCAGUCACCGGACCUCCGAAUUUCCCCUCAAUUCACAACCAACCACGAAACCCUCUCCGAUCUCAAACACUCCCUUUUCCCCCAAUCUCACCAAUUCCACUACUUCACCCUCAAUGGCAAGCCCCUCUCCGACCAAACCCCUCUCUCCCAAUUACCCCCUCUCUCCACCCUCUCCCUCCGCACACGCCUCCUCGGCGGCGGCGGAGACGGCGGCGCUACCGGCGCCGAGUCCCGCGACUGCUACCUCCACAUGUACUCCGAGAAGAAGCCCGACAAGGUGGACCCCAACGAACAGCGCCUCUCGAAGUGGCACAAUUGCGCCCUCUCCAACGAGCCCCUCAGGGAACCCUGCGUGAUUGAUAAAUUGGGGAAUAUUUUCAACAAGGAAGCGCUGGUGGAAGCUUUGUUGGGGAAGAAGCUUCCAAAGGAAUUUGGACACAUAAAGGGUUUGAAAGAUAUGAUUAACAUUCAGCUUGAUGCAAUUCCUGGCUCUGACGAUGGGGCAAGGUUUCAGUGCCCCGUUGCGGGGCUUGAGUUGAACGGAAAGUAUAGGUUUUUCGCGCUGAGAAAUUGUGGGCAUGUGUUGAGUGCCAAGGCUCUGAGGGAGGUUAAGUCCUCGGCGUGUUUGGUUUGUCACAAGGAGUAUGAUGCUGACGUGGACAAGAUUGUGAUCAAUGGGAGUGAUGAGGAGGUGGCGGUUUUGAGGGAGAGGAUGCAGGAGGAGAGGGCUAAGGUUAGGGAGAAGAAGAAUAGGAAGGUUAAGAAUGAUGAUGCUGUGGGUUUGGAAGGAACGAGGUUGAGUGGUACUAAGCAUGGUGUUGAUGUUAAGGCUGUGGAGAGGGUUUCUGCUAAGGUGGAAGGAAAUGGAAAGGUUGCUAAUGGUAAUGGUGGUGGUGCUCCGAAGCGCUUCAAGGCUUCUGAUAAGGCGCCGGCGAAUGCUACAAAGGAUGUGUAUGCGUCCAUUUUCACUUCUUCGAAGAAGUCUGACUUUAAAGAGACAUUUACUUGUAGGUCUCUUCCUCUUGGGAGAAACUGAUUGUGGUUACUGGUAUAGAGUGUCUCCACUCUCUACUGUUUUAUUCUUGUUGAAUGUACUGAAUUUUAGUUUGUGGUUAUGUAAGAUAACAUUGGCUUUUACUGUGAUGGAUUUACUGGUUCUGUUACAUGCACAACAUUGUCGUUAAUCAUGUUUUGGAAGGAGUUCUGUUAAUAACAUAUUUAUUUGGCAAGAGGCA